AUGAUUGAAACGGUCAAGUACACGUGCGCCGACUCAACCCUGCUCGGCAACUUCAUUGAAAACCACGAUAACCCCCGAUUCGCAUCGUACACCAACGAUAUGUCCCUCGCCAAAAACGUCGCCGCCUUUCUCAUCCUCUCCGACGGGAUCCCCAUGAUCUACGCCGGCCAGGAGCAGCACUAUUCCGGCGGCAGCGACCCUUACAAUCGCGAAGUGACCUGGCUCUCGGGCUAUUCGACCGAGAGUGAGCUAUACAAGCUCGUCGCGGCAUCAAACGCCAUCCGUACGCAUGCCAUCGGGCAGGACGAGGGGUACCUGACUUAUAUGAAUUGGCCCAUCUACCAAGACGACUCGACCAUCGCCAUGCGCAAGGGCUACGACGGGACGCAAAUCAUCACCGUCCUCACCAAUGCCGGCGCCGACGGAUCUUCAUACACCCUCUCUCUUCCGAACACGGGAUACGAGGCAGGUCUUGAGUUGACAGAGAUCUACUCGUGCACGAGUCUCACUGUAGACUCGGACGGGUCUGUGCCUGUACCUAUGAAAGGUGGUUUACCCCGUGUCCUGUAUCCGAACGCGGGUCUGGAGGGAAGUGGGAUUUGCCAGUGA